GCCUGGCAGCUGCUGGGGGAGGCUGACAUUCCCUUUUGCCUCUCCUCUUCCUGUCACCAUCUAGGCUAAACCACAAAAGAUCCAGCUGGGUAGCUUGUUUUAAAGUGGCCAAUGGUCAAGAUACCAUCUAGGUAGGUUUUUAUUUUCUUUUUUAUUUACAUUUUUAUUAAUUUUUUUUUUUUGGUUUUGUUGAGAUAGGAUCUCCCUAGGUAGCCCUGGCUGUUCUGGAACUCACUCUGUAGACCAGGCUGGCCUUGAACUCAGAGAUCCACCUGCCUCUGCCUCUUCAUUGCUGGGAUUAAAGCUGUUUGUAACCAUACCCAGCUCUAUUAAAUAUUUUGAAUUUACCUUUCUUGUUGUUGUUAUUAUUUUGAGACAGGUCUCACUGUGAAGCCCUGGCUGGCCUGGAACUUGCUCUAUGAACCAAACUAGCCUCAGACUCACAGAGAUCUACCUGUCUUUCUGCCUCUCUAGUGCUGGAACUAAGAGUGGGCACCACUUAUCCUACUUGUUUGCUUUUCCUUUUUGAAACAGUAUCACAUAGCCCAGGCUGUCCUAAAAUUCACUAUAUAGCUCAAGCUUUGAACUUCCGGUCCUCCUGCCUCGGUCUCCAGAGUGUUGGGAUGAGUGACAGGCAUGGACCCACUUCUGUCUUCCAGGUGAAUGCCUUCAUUCAUUAUUUGUUCCAGGCUUCCUAGAAAGAGUGGCCGCAUGUUUACAGAGCUGGGAAGGCUGUCGUGUCAGGGACAGCCUUCAUUUGUUCUUGUGCACUCUGACCAGGCAGCCAGUGCUCCAUGCAGCCUUGGAUGUCCCUGCUAAGAAGGUGCUUGGUGCCCUCAUCAGGCAAGGGUCUUACCUGCUCUUCAUUCUGUAAAGGCUUGUGCAAAUUGUGCAGCUGGGAGUGGCAGUGCACACCUAUAAUGCCAGGACUUGGGAAGCUGAGGCAGAAUGACUGCCACAAGUUUGAGUCCAGCCUGGGCCACACAGGAAGAUCCUGUUGAGUGGGAGGUGGGGAGGGGGGCUGGGUUGCCGCCAAGCCUUACGGCCUGAGUUCAAUCCUCAGGUCCUAUACGGUUAGAAGAGAGAAUGAACUCCCACCAAGUGUCCUCUGACUGCCACAUACCAAACAAACAAAUGUAAUUUUAAAACAUUUUAAAGAGGAGAGAGGAAUAGUUGGGAACUUAAACCAGUCUGGCUGAAGUAUGAACUUCAGGUUUGGUGACCCUGUCUCAAAAAAUAAGGUGGAGGGUUAUUGUGGAAAACAAACAACAUCAAUCUCUGUCCUUCCAGACAUACUUAUGCAGAUGUGUAUGCACACAUAUAUACAUACGUACAUACAUAGAUAUGUAUGCACACACAUAUACACACAUACAUAGGUAUGUAUGCACACACACCUAACACACUUACACAUAGAUAUGGAUGUACACACACACAGACAGACAUGUAUUCACACAGACACAUACACACUUAGCUAUACAGAUAUGUAUGCACACACACCUAACACACUUACACAUAGAUAUGGAUGUACACACACACACACAGACAUGUAUUCAAACAGACACAUACACACUUAGCUAUACAGAUAUGUAUGCACACACACACAUGCCUGCAUGCGGAAUCCUUUUCACCCUGGCUGCCUCCACUUCAUCUGUCUCCAGGAUGUUUCAAAUUCUUUGCUGACUGAAGUCCCUGUCACUGCCUAUUUGUGUCAGCUGUGAUGACUGCAGCCACCCCCCUCACUGAACAGAGGAGGAAGCUGAGACUUGGCUGCAGGGAGCACCUGGGGACCUGCAACCCACCCACCCCUGCCUCUCAGAGUCCUGCUCUGCCCACUGCCCUUACCGAAACCGCUUUUCCCCAAAGCUGUGGACUUUUACAUAGGGCCCUUAUUCACAGUGGCUGAAAAAAAAUAGUUCAUGGCUUGACUAGUGAUGUGUACCUCCGGGUCUUGUAUAGCCUAGGCUGCUCUUGAACUCACUGUGUAUCUAAGGAGGACCUUGAAGUUCAAAUCCUCCUGGAUCCACUUCCCAAGUGGUUUGCGUACGAGUAUGAACCACCCAGUUUAUGCAAGGGUUGGAUCCAGGGCUUUGUGCAUCCCUGACAACCCCUCUAUUACUGAGCUUUUAAAGCCCUAAAGCCCCAGGACCCUCCCACCGCUGUUUUCGCUUUGUUGUUGUUGUUACAGGCAAGGUUAUACUCUGACCCAGACUGACCUGGAAUUCAUGCUGCAGCCUUGGCUGAGCUGGAACUCAUGGCAAUCCUUCUGCUUUAGCCUGAGUGCUGGGAUUACUUCUGUGGCCCACCACUUCUGGCUCUUUUUUGCUUUUCAAAACAGGACUUCUCUUUGUAGUCCUGGCUGUCCUGAAACUCGCUUUGUAGACCAGGCUGGCCUUGAACUCACAGAGAGCCACCUGCCUCUGCCUCCUAAGUGCUGGAACUAAAGGCAUGCACCACCACCACCCAGCCUGGGCCCUUUUUUUGAGGAUACCCUUGAAAUUCUGAUCCUUCGCCUAUUCCUCCAAGUGCUGGGAUUACAGGUCCAGAAUGUGUCCCAGUCCAUGGAGGUCCUUGAGCUAAGGACAUUCCGGGAUCUCCAGUAUGUUCGCAGCAUGGAGACCCUCAUGCGGAGCCUGGAUGCAAGGCUCAGGGCAGCCGAUGGGUCAGUCUCAGCCAAAAGCUUUCAGGAACUGAAGGACAGGAUGACAGAGCUGCUGCCCCUGAGUUCAGUGCUGGAGCAGUACAAAGCAGACACACGAACCAUUGUGCGCCUGCGGGAGGAGGUGAGGAACCUCUCUGGCAACCUGGCUGCCAUCCAAGAGGAAAUGGGUGCCUACGGGUACGAGGACUUGCAACAGCGCGUGAUGGCCCUGGAAGCCCGACUCCAUGCCUGCGCGCAGAAGCUGGGCUGCGGGAAGCUGACAGGCGUCAGUAACCCUAUUACCAUCCGGGCCAUGGGGUCCCGCUUCGGUUCCUGGAUGACUGACACAAUGGCCCCCAGUGCAGACAGCAGGGUCUGGUACAUGGAUGGUUAUUACAAAGGCCGCCGAGUGCUGGAGUUCCGUACUCUGGGAGACUUCAUCAAAGGCCAGAACUUCAUCCAGCACCUGCUGCCACAGCCAUGGGCAGGUACGGGCCAUGUGGUAUACAAUGGCUCUCUCUUCUACAAUAAGUACCAGAGCAAUGUGGUGGUCAAGUACCACUUCCGGUCCCGCUCGGUGCUGGUGCAGAGGAGCCUCCCGGGGGCUGGUUACAAUAACACCUUCCCCUAUUCCUGGGGCGGCUUCUCGGACAUGGACUUCAUGGUAGACGAGAGUGGGCUGUGGGCUGUGUAUACCACCAACCAGAAUGCGGGCAACAUCGUAGUCAGUCGGCUGGACCCUCACACCCUGGAGGUCGUGAGAUCCUGGGACACCGGGUACCCUAAGCGCAGCGCCGGCGAGGCCUUCAUGAUCUGCGGUGUCCUCUAUGUGACCAACUCUCACCUGGCCGGAGCCAAGGUCUACUUUGCGUACUUCACCAACACGUCCAGCUAUGAGUACACGGAUGUGCCCUUCCACAACCAGUAUUCGCACAUCUCGAUGCUGGAUUACAACCCCAGGGAGCGGGCCCUGUAUACCUGGAACAACGGGCACCAGGUGCUGUACAACGUCACCCUGUUCCACGUCAUCAGCACUGCCGGGGACCCCUAGGUGCCCCUGCAAGGGCUUUGGGGAGCCUUCCCACAUCGCCUGUGACCCCCACCCCAGCCUUCUCUUGGUCAUGCCCUUGCCUUCCUAGAUUCCGUCUCCCCACUUCCCCAGCCCAGCUUUCUGUUCUCAGUAUCUCUACCCAUGCAUUUCCCCCAUUUUAUUGAUCUCUGCUUUUGAUACUCCACUUCUGAGUCUUUCUGCCUUUUUAUGGAUGCUUCUCUUCCUUAUUGAUCGAACCUCUCUUCUCCUCUCCCUCCAUCUACUCUCCCUCCUCUUCCUUUCCCACUUUCCCACAUUCCUUACCCCUCACUCCCACCCUAUCCCUGGAUCUGAGUGCAUGGAUUUUGUUUUUUAAAUUUAUUAUUUACAUGUUUUCUUUCCGGGUUGCCAGAAUAAACCGGACCUUUGACAUUUGG